GACUUUUCGAUUCCCUUACCUAAGUUAGCUAUGGUGCUGAAUUUCUGUGGGAUUAACAUUGCAACAAUCAUCUUGAUCCGAAAAAAUUGAUUUGUAUUGGAUAUUUAUUUAACAUGGAUCCUUACAGUCCAUCACAUCCGACUGACCAGGAUAUGGAUUUAGAGUCUAAUUCUCCUGCAACUCCGGAACAAGAUGCUAAUCAGAACCAGUUACCUCCUGACCAGUCUCUUAGCGAUGUUGUGCCAUUACUUUUCAACUCUAAUACAUUUGAUUGUACGCAGGAUACUAAUGUUCCCCAACCAAACCACAACAUGGAGGAAUCACACUUUGAGAGGGUGCGCUCCGCCUUUUUCAGUUAAGUCAAUUGAAGAAAAUGUUCCCAAAGAGACGAAACAUAGCUAUCGAGCUCACACAAGACCGUCUAGUGUCCACAAACGGUCUGUCCAACCGCAUCACCGUAGGAGUAGGUCACGUUCUCCUAAAAGAGGUAAUAAGUUCGAGGAUAAAAUGAGUAGAAGGUCUCGAUCUCAUUCAAGGCACCGUGUUCGAAAGCAUCGUUCAAGAUCUCGUUCCAACGAACGCAGGCGGAGCCGAUCUAGAACACCUCCAAGACAUUCUCGAGUAGUUGACCGCCUCCCAGGUCCACGUUCUCGUUCCAGAUCCCCAGCUAAAUCAAGAAGGUCGGGUAAUGAAAGGCGUGUUUCCAGGUUCUCUGAUGAACCAAAUUUCUCACAUAAAGCAAAGGAACGUGACUCUUUCGUUGAUGACGGACACAAAGGUUUGGACUCGGUACGUUGGGAAGUUUCAAAACAUGUGGAGGAACAGCCUGUACCUGAGACAGUCGUAGAAAAUAAACCAAAUAACUCUCCAACAGAGGUUAGUGAUGCCAUGUCUGUUCCUAACGCUACUGCCGAUAUAUUCCUUCAAAGUCAACCGCGAUCCACUGUCCAACCUUUGAGUAGGUGGCAAAAUACUGUUUGCAACAACUCUCCUUUUCUGCACAGGAUCCCACAGAUGAAUUAUAAUCCUAUGCGUUUUCCUCAAAAUAACUAUGGACUUAUGGGGAUUUCCACCUCAACAUUUCCAUCAGGCGUAAUACCAUAUCCCAGUGCACCAAUGCCUCCGAACUUUAUGCAGCCACCUCCUUUGAUUGUCCCCAGAUUAAGUACAACUAUGUUUCCUGGAGCUAAUUCAGUUUUUCCCGGUCAGUGCAUGCAAUCAGUACCGAGCAUGCCUAUGGUUAUGUCGGGUCCUGGUUUCCAAACAAAUACUCUGCCUCCACCUCCUCCACCCCCACCACCGCCACCCCCUACGUUUGCGCAACAGAUGCAGGCUCCUGCUUCCAACCUCUUAGAAACCUUAAUGAGCAGAGCAGGUCUACCUUGUAAUACUUUGAGUGAUUUAAAUCUAAGUACUAAACCAAAUGAGAAACCUGAUUCUGUUUGUGAGAGCUCUCCUAUGAAGCAAAUCAACAAACUGUUAAGUUCAGCAGCAAGUUCUCUUUUAAACCAACUUGCCGGUAGCCAAAGAACGGAUGUAGACACUUCCUCUUCCGAUCCAUUGCCACCUCCUCCUCCACCACCGUUACCGUUCCAGCAACAUAGUGAGCUGCCACCAACUACGUCUACUCUACCACAUUCAUUCGUACCUCCUCCACUCCCCACAGUAAUCAAUCCGUUUUCUAACAAUGCAAUCGGUGAUAAAAUGUUGCCUAAUGGUGCAUGUGGAGAAAAUAAAAAGGAAAUUAAGAAACCUUUUGGAGACAUGAGGAUUGAGGAAGUACUGGCAAAGCGGAAAAGAUACGACUUUUCUUCACGUCGUGAGUGGCAAGAACGUAUCGCCUUGGAAGUAAAAUCAGUUUUAAAACCUGCAUACUCUCUACGCCGUAUAAAUAAAGAAGAUUACAAAGAAAUCAUGAAAAAGGCUGUUACUAAGAUUUCGCGAAGUGGUACUUCUUCAAUCAAUACAGAAAAAAUAAGCACAUUUGUAAAGCUGUAUAUUGAAAAAUAUCAUCGUAUACGUAAAAUAAAAGCUCAGGCAACUGCAAAGACAACUGUACAGUGAACGUGUUAUUUUAAUUUCAUUGUAAAUUGUACAUAAUAUAGAUUAUUUAAUAUAUACCAGGAGGUUAUGUUUUCCAGCUUAUGUUAAAAGCUACAUUUUCUAUAUUUAUAGGUGUUAUACAUUUUAUCAUAAUCAACGUACAGCCCAGCAUAAAUGUGCGUUAGCCCAAGUUGCCAUGCCAUUUCGGGAUGUUGAGUUGAAAUUAACAAGAAUACCAAAUAAGCCAAAGUCAUUUAGUAAUAGUGUCAAUGACUAAGACUAAACAUGAAGAAUGUGGUUCGGAAAAGAUGGAUGUUUAGGCAUUAUGUGCAUCAUAGGGUGACGAUAUGUCGCUACACUUUCUGGUGUAACUUAUACAACUACAGUUAUUCAUGAGGCUCUCUUCCCAACAGUGCUUCAUCUCCGAUCUCUGUCCUGGAAGUAGGUAACCUUGAUUAAUGUUUAGCUGUACAUACUUACAUUUGUUUUCUAAAAGCCAAAAUAAUUGACUAGGCGUAUGAUUCAUUCAGUUAUCCUCAUAAGUACAUGUUGUCUGUCAGCAGUCAUAAACGAUUUAGUAUUCAUUCUCAAAUUAAUUGAACUUUAUUAACCUUUUCCCCUAAUUUAUAUCUUGUUGUUGAUAUGCAACUCUCAUCCUAACAAGUCCGAUAGGGUCCUCAGGUUCCACUUAAGUAAAGUCCUAAAAUCUGCUACAUGUUCUUAUUCUUACAACUUUUGUAGUGCUUUUCGGGCUGCAGUAGCAUUUUAGGCAACAAAAAUCCCAGCAUAUAUGUAUAUUUGCCUGUUCAGAGAGACAGAAAUGCGACUACCACAAUGAACAGUGGAUGUUGGCUGAGACUAGUCCUAAAAUCACUACACUUGCAAUCCAAUCAGUGUUGGCUUUCAC